AUGGGCGGCAAAAACACGGAAAGGGCCAGGAAGGCGUUGGACGCCAUGAAGGAGCUCGGUAUCUCUAGGAAGCAGGCCACCCCAGUACUCAAGGAACUCCUCGCCACCUUCGACAACAACUGGGAGCCCAUUGAGGAUGAGCACUACCGUGCCCUCGCAGAUGCCAUCUUCGCUAGGCAAGACAACAAACAAACCUCUCCCUCCCAACAGGACGCCCAAGCAGCCCAUGCGGACUCAGAGCCAAAUGGAUCAACAAGGGAUGAUCUACAACAAUAUGUUUAUGCUAGUCAUGAUGACACAGGUGAAGAUGAUAAUGAAACACCCCUGGUCAAGAGGCCCAGGAUGGGCACGGCUAAUUUCAGGCCAGAGCCGCUGCCAUUUGAGCCUGGACCACAGCAAUCCACUGUUUCAACCCAAGGUGCUCUGCCUGCUUCACCACAAGCCAGUCGUUGGCAAACUAGGUCUUUGACUGUAGUGCCACACGCUGCUGGCCAUGAAUAUCCUUUAGCUGUCGACGAUGCUCUCAUUGUGAGAGAACCCAAACCAGAACCACACAUUGAUAUAGCAGAAGUCAGUGUUGGUAACCCUUUGACGGAUCGAGAUUUUCUGGCUGGUCCUGAUGCCAUACGGCUCAAUGAUGGAUCUUCAGGUUCUGGUGCAAGAGGCAGCAUAGUCAACCAAGCUCAAAGUCUUGGCAGGAGCCUGCAACCAGCCCCAGUGUGCAAGAAUGGGGUAGGGUCUACAGUUCAAAAUACUAAGGAGACAUCUUUUGUGGAAGUUGACGUUGCUUCUUCCGCCAAUGGUGAGGUGAAGAUGUCAUUGAAAUGCAGCUUGGAUUCUUCAAAUUUCAGCAUUAGUAUGGAGGAGGUUUUCAAAAUGGUGGAGGAGAAGUGCCUUCACUCAUACAACGUGCUACCUCCAGAUUUUUCUAUUGGCAAGCUGAUGAGUGAGGUAUGCCAAUCUGUUGUGCAGUUGGGCACUAUGCAUUCUGAGGUUAAUAGGGACGAUGGCAGCUUGCAUAAUGAAGUAGUUGCUCCUUUUGUGAAGCCAAUCGCUUGUGAGGCUGCUGUGGGCAUAAAUGAUAAUGCGGCUGGUGGAUCAUCGGUGUUUGCCUCAGAACCUUGUUUGCAAAAUUCACUUGUUACUUGGGAUCCUGAGUUGGCUCAUUCUAAGCAAAAGACAACCCAUGAUAUUACUGAUAUAUCCAAAGGUGAAGAGCGGGUAAGAAUACCUGUAGUAAAUGAAUUUGGCAGCGAGACCUGUCCUCCAUCCUUUUAUUAUGUACCAAGAAAUCUUGUCUUUCAAAAUGCUUAUGUCAACAUCUCUAUUGCUCGGAUUGGUGAUGAAGAUUGUUGUGCUGAUUGUUCUGGCAACUGUUUGUCAGCAUCAGUUCCAUGUGCUUGUUCAAGAGUAACAGGCGGCGAGUUCCCCUAUACACCUGAGGGCCUGCUUAAGUCAGCAUUCCUUGAUGAAUGCACCUCAGUUAAUCAUUUCCCACAAGAGCAGCAUAGGUUUCACUGUACAGUUUGCCCUCUUGAAAGAUCUAAGAAUGAAGCCUCACCUGGUCCAUGUAAAGGUCAUCUUGCCAGAAAAUUCAUUAAAGAAUGCUGGAGUAAGUGUGGAUGUGGCAUGCAGUGUGGAAACCGUGUGAUUCAGCGUGGUAUAACAUUCAAAUUGCAGGUGUUCUUUACACGCGAGGGUAAAGGCUGGGGAGUACGAACAGUGGAGGAUCUCCCAAAAGGUGCCUUUGUCUGUGAAUAUGUUGGAGAGGUACUAACAAGUGCUGAAUUGCAUGAAAGAGCAAUUGAAAUUGCAAGAAAUGGUAAGCAUAUGCAUCAAGUACUCCUUGAUGCUGGUUGGGGUUCAGGUGUAUUGAGGGAUGAAGAGGCUCUUAGCCUUGAUGGUUCAUUUUAUGGGAACGUCGGGCGAUUUAUCAAUCACCGAUGCUACGAUCCAAAUUUAGUUCAGAUCCCUGUUGAAGUUGAGACGCCUGAUCAUCAUUAUUACCAUCUGGCAUUUUUCACAAACAAGAAAGUGGAGGCAUUUGAAGAGUUAACAUGGGAUUAUGGCAUUGAUUUUGAUGACGUGGAAGGGCCCAGUAAACCAUUCCGAUGCAUGUGUGGGAGUAGAUAUUGCCGUGAUCCCAAGAAUCCAAGGCAGCAAGUUCAGUUACUGCCAUUACGUGGCAUCAUCUAUGCCAUGUUGGGUUCUAUGCCUGUGCUGAAUGAUUUUGCUGAAGCAGGGUAG